CGAGCACCCUCCAUGGCCUCAGAAAAGAAGCAUUGUCGAUAUCCUCUCGGACCUUGGAGGGUUACAUUUACCCAAAACCUUUUUUCAAAUGGGCCCCGUCGCCUAGCGUUUGCUCCCCCCAUCCUCGCCGUCUGAAUUGACUUGGUGCUACAGAACAUCAGCACAUCGUCUGGGUUAAGUAAAGGUUUCCAUCAGUGACCAACUCCUGAAGAAUGGCAGCCAUUCCAGCAGGCGGUUCCCUCGUCGCAACCACCGACUACUACCGAAGGCGCAUCGGCUCUACGUCCAGCAGCAGCUCAUGCGGCAGUUCGGAGUACAGUGGGGAGGUCAUCCCUCACCAUCCAGGACUCCCUAAGCAGGAUUCUGGCCAUUGGUGGUCCAGCUUCUUCUUUGGGAAGCAGCCAGGGAUGACGCCGCUUACCGAAGAGGCGCAGCAGAAGGUGGGGGUCUCGGGCGCCGUGACGACCGGUCAGAUCACCUGCAUCGCCAAGGAGAUGGUGCUGCAGCGGCAGGCGAGCGAGAGCAGCGAGGCAGGAAGCCCCGUCUCCUCGUGAUCCUGCGACUCGUCAGCCUCGCCCUGGGGAGAACCGGACCAACCGCCAACGCUAGGCGACGGAGAUCGUCCCAUUUACAACUUCUUUUGUUUUGUUUUUUUUUUCUUAAUAAAUGUUCGUGGUAGUAACGGCUGCGUUCUUACUUUUCAUGUUUUUUAACAUAUUUUUUAAUGACUAAAACUACAAAAAAAAGAAACUGAGCUCGUUACCAUUUGUAACGUUUUGCUUUGUAACCUCGUCGCAUUGACACCGUGGUGCAUACCUUCAUGUUUUUGUUACCCUUGUUGUCUCCUUGUUACAUUGCAAACGGAAUAAAGUAGUCUGUUGCAGCCAA